CCCGGCACCCAUGGAGGACGGCGGCACCCGUGGAGGUGCGGGGGCCGUCGGCUUUGAGGGAGCCCUCUUCUCCGGCUACGCACCCGACGGGGGCCUCUUCAUGCCCCAGCACAUCCCCUCACUGGACGGGGACACCCUGCGGAGGUGGAGCCGCCUCUCCUACCGGGAGCUGGUGAAGGAACUCUGCUCCCUCUUCAUCACGGCCGAGCUGGUCCCGCGGAGCACGCUCAAUGACCUGAUUGACAGGGCCUUCAGCAGGUUCAGACACAAGGAUGUCGUCCAUCUGUCCAGGCUGAAGGACGGACUGAAUGUUUUGGAGCUCUGGCAUGGGGUUACUUAUGCUUUCAAGGAUCUGUCCUUGUCCUGCACGGGGCAGUUCUUACAGUACUUCUUGGAGAAAAAGCAGAAGCAUGUCACUAUUCUGGUGGGGACUUCAGGGGACACGGGGAGCUCGGCCAUCGAGAGUGUGAGAGGGCAGAAGAACAUGGACAUCUUUGUUCUGCUGCCCAAGGGGUUCUGCACCCAGAUACAGGAACUUCAGAUGACCACUGUCAUUGAAGACAAUGUCCACGUCUUUGCUGCUCAUGGGAACAGCGAUGAAAUCGAUGAGCCGAUCAAGGAACUGUUCACUGAUGUCGAUUUUGCCAGAAAAUACAAUCUGAUGAGCUUGAAUUCGGUCAAUUGGUCUAGGAUUAUGGUGCAGAUUGCUCACCACUUCUAUGCUUACUUUCAGUGCGCCCCAUCCCUAGAUACCACCCCACUGCCAGUGGUGGAAAUUGUUGUGCCAACAGGAGGAGGAGGAAAUAUCACAGCUGGCUGCAUUGCCCAGAAAAUGGGUCUCCCGAUUCGACUUGUUGCCGUGGUUAACAGCAAUGACAUCAUUCAUAGGACUGUUCAACAUGGAGAUUUCUCACUGUCAGAGAGUGUGAAGGCUACGUUAGCAUCAGCCAUGGAUAUUCAGGAGCCUUACAACAUGGAGAGAAUCCUCUGGCUGCUCUCGGGCUCCGACGGCCACCUGACGAAAACGCUGAUGGAGCGAUUCAGCGCGUCGAAAAGCCUUAAGCUGCCGGAGGAUUUGCACAGAAAGCUCUCUGAGACCCUGCACUCGUGCUCGGCCUCCGAUGAGGACAUCGUGCGAGCCAUGCAGCGCUGCUGGAAGGAGAACUGCUACCCGCUGUGCCCCCACUCUGCCGUGGCUGCUCACUACCACUACUUGCAGACGGACGGCACGCCCCGGUGUUGCUUAGCUCCAGCCUCUGCAGCCAAAUUUCAGGACGCCCUGCUCCGAGCUGGCCUGGUUCCCCAGCUUCCCCCCGAAAUCGCUGCCUUAACGGCAAUGGAGGCCAGGUCCACUCCCCUGGAGCAGGGGCAGGACUGGACACAAACACUCCGGGAGUGGAUCGAAGCCACGGCACAGCGGCGGGGGAUCGCCGGCCAGGGAGUCAUGCAGACCUGAGCUACCGGAGCACGGCUGGCCGAUGCCUCCCGUGGCUCAUUUUCCAUUCCCAGGGGAGCCCUGUGUUACGCUGGGAGAGGAGCCUAUGGUCUCUGUGCAAUGAAUUAUUAGCAGGAACACACUUUGCCGUUGAAUUAUAUAGAAUAUUUCAUAACAUUUUCAGUAAAGAGCUCUGCAAUUGUAUCCUCUUUUCCCUAGAAAUUCAUAAAAACUGAU